GCUCAGAUUUUAUAGAUGUCCUAUUGAUGAUAAAUACAUUAUAUGAUCUGGACGAAUAUAAUAAAAGUAAAACACUAAUGAGUAAUUUAAAAGUUUAUGCUGCCAUUUUAGAAGUCAGCAUUGCUGAUAUAGAUAUA